AUGGAAAGGGGAGAGAGGGAAAAAGAGAGGAGGAGUGGAAAGGGGAGAGAGAGGGAACAGGGGGAGGAGUGGGGGAAGAGAGAGGGAACAGAGAGGAGGAGUGGAGAGGAGAGAGGAAACAGAGAGGAGGAGUGGAGGAGAGAGAGGGAACAGAGAGGAGGAGUGGAGGAGGAGAGAGGGAACAGAGAGGAGUGGAGGAGGAGAGAGGGAACAGAGAGGAGUGGAGGAGAGAGAGAGGGAACAGAGAGGAGUGGAGGAGGGAGAGAGGGAACAGAUGGAGGAGUGGAGGAUGAGAGAGGGAACAGAGAGGCGAGGAGGAGGGAGAGAGAGGAAAGAAGAGGAGAGAGUGGAGGAGAGAGAGAGGGAAAGAGAGAGGAGUGGAGAGGAGGAGAGAAGAGGAACAAGAGGAGAGUGAGGAGGGAGAGAGGGAACAGAGAGGAGGAGUGGAGGAGGGAGAGAGGGAACAGAGAGGCGAGGAAGACCCUAACCUUCGUGUCGGUGACAGGAGAGGUAUAAACACUCAGGAUUUAGCUGAGCUAGUCAGUAGCCCUCAUCCCCCUCUCAGUCCCUCCAUCCACCCCUUCCACUCUCCCCCUCCCCGUUUUAGAGCCCCCACCUCCCGAGUGGAGGAACCUCUGGACAGAGUGGGUGUGGCAGGGAGAGGACAGCCGUCCACAGCUCUGAGGAAAGUACUGCGCUCUAUACACUCAAAGAGGAGAGAGAGGGGGGAGGAGAGGAGGGAGGAAGAGGAGGAGAGGGAGAAGAGGCGGGAGGAAGAGGAGAAUGAGGAGAGAGAGAGGGAGGAGAAGAGGAGAGAGAGGGAGGAGGAGAGGAGAGAGAAAAGAGAGAGUGAGCAGGAGGAGAGGAGGAGAGAGAGUGAGCAGGAGGAGAGGAGGAGAGAGUGUGAGCAGGAGGAGAGGAGGAGAGGAACAUCCUUUAAACUUCCUCCUAACCCUAAACCCCUACCAGUCCCUGCCCCAGUCUCGGUUUCAACCCCAAAGUCAGCCCCCCUUCUCCAGAGCAAGGCACCAGCAGAGGUCCCUGUCCCCCCUCCUACCUCCCUCCUCUCCUCUGCCCAACGUCCCAGCUCUUCCUCUCUCUCCUGUGGUCAAACGCCGGAGGGUGGAAGAGGACGAAGAGGAAGAUAAGUGUGGGUCUCCUGAACUCUACGAGGAGGAGGAGGGAGGAGGAGGAGAGGAGGAGGGAGGGUUUGGGGAAAGUUUGGAGUUGGACACUCAGACUGAGAGAAUGAUUCUACUACAAGACCAGAGAGGGAGGGAGAGGGGAGAGAGAGGGGAGGAGAGGGAGAGAGGGGGGGAGGAGAGAGAGGAGGAGAGGGAGAGAGAGGCCGCUAACUCACAGCAUGAGAGAGGGAACAAGGAGAAGGGCGUAGAGGAGAAACCAACCGAUGUUAACCCACCGAACCCCUCACCAGGCAACAGUAUCCAUGGCAACCCCCAUACCCAUGGUUCCCAUGACAACACUGCGCCCAGAUACAACUUCUCCCUGACUGACAGCCAGAUGGAACACGUCCUCGACGACCAGGUACACACACUCAACCACAGCCACCAUGAUGAUGAUGAUGGUGGUGAUGAUGGUAUUGGUGGUGGUGGUGGUGGUGGUGAUGAUGGUAGUGUACUCUUCCUCCCCCAGAUCUUGGCAGGCGAUAAUGAUGAUGAUGAUGAUGAAGCCCUCCCACCUCCUAGCGCACGCCGCUCCUCAGUGAGCAAUGAGAACAGUCUAAACGGCAGUAGCAGCUUCCUAUUUGACAGCCUGUACGACAGCUCCUUAUUGGUUGGGCUUAGCCACGACUCUGACCAAUCAGAGGAGGAGAAGGAGGAGGGGCCUGUUGCCAUGGAGACCAGUCUCCUGUCCAACCAGCAGCGGCGACGCAGCGGGCUCCUAGCCAAUCAGGAGGCAGAGGAACAGGAGGCCGUCCAAUGGGGCGAGUCGUCCUUCAACCUAUCAGAGUGGGGCGACUCUCUGCUGGUUGGAGAGCACUUCCUGGAGAGGCGGAGCCUGCUGAGACACAGGGAGCGACCGCAACACGAACAAGACUGCGGUCAGACAGACAGACCCCAACCUGACCACGGGGAAACAGAGCAACAAGGACCUAAACCACAACCACAGCAACGGUUUGACGGAGCGACCGCAACACAGCAGUCUGCUAGAUGAACCCAAAGACAACCAUAACCCUAACCAGACAGACAGAUUGACACAGAACACUGGUGGAGCAGAGGUGGAACCUUCCUGGUCAGAGAGAGGGGGAGAUGGAGGGAUUGAGAAGGAGAGAGAUGGAGGGAUUGAGAAGGAGAGAGAUGGAGGGAUUGAGAAGGAGAGAGAUGGAGGGAGUGAGAAGGAGAGAGAUGGAGGGAGGAGAGGUGUUUGAGUGUGUGGGCAGUCUGUUAAAGACCUACCAGCAUAGAGGAUGGAGAGAGAGAGGAGAAAGAAGGAGAGGGGAGAAGGAGAGGAGAGGAGGAGAGGUGCAGGUGAACCCCUCCACUGUUAAAGCCUGGACUCAGACAGAGAUGAGUGAGAGAGGAAAACAGAAGAAGAGAGGAGAGAGAGAAGAGGAGAGAGUCUGA